AUGAACGCGCCAAGCCAUGACGAAGUCGACCGAGUACUGCGCCUCAAACGCAAGGAAAGGGAGGUGAGAGCAUGCUAUCCCUGCAGAAAAAGAAAAGUCAAAUGUGAUGGCACUCAACCCUGCCGCACGUGCCAGAAGCGGAAUCAUCCGCAUAUCUGCACAUACGACCUCCCGUCAGACUCUAGGAAGGAGGCCCAUCCUGCUGUCAAUAUUCAGUCAGCAUCGCCAAGCCCUGGACGUCUGCAGCAAUCCAGACGACAGAAUGAGUUCCCGGCUGCUCCUCUAGCGAAUAUUCCUCUAGCGAACAUUCCUACAUCACAUCGCCCGGAUGACACUGCCAAGAAUUAUGUCUAUUCUGGAGAUAACUCGGUCGUGUCGAUAUUGCGCUCCCGUGCAUCUGAUGGCAAUGAGUCGAUGACACAGGACCUGGGUUCGGUCUUGGGUCUUCAGAAUACUUUCAAUAAUUACCCCUUUAUGGACUCCAAGACCCCCCAGGAAAAGUGGAAAUCGUUGCUCAGUGUCUUGCCUCAGAGGAGCGAGGUUUUGAAGUUCUUUCACUACUACCGCGUCACGGCUUAUCCAUUCAAUCCGAUCCUCGCAGACAUGGAUCGCUUCGAGUCGGAUAUGUGCACAUAUCUGAACGCGCACUCUGCGGGUGAAUUGAGGGAUGAGGAUCAGAUCGUGGAGCGGUGGGCAAGUGAUAAGUCUGUCGGUCAUAUAAGUCUCUUGUUGGCUACUCUGGCUGCUGGUGCUCAUUACUCAGACAUCGACUACCCAGCGCGGCUCGAACUUGCCACUGAUUUCGCUCGACGGUCCUUCCAUGCCCUUCGACUAUCAAACUUUCUCUUCCGACCGUCGCUCGACAUUGUCCAGACAUUAUUGAUUCUUGGAAAUACAUUACAGAAUAUGGGGCAGUCGGAUGCAGCAUGGGCUCUACUGGGAACCACAAUUCGGCUUGCCCAAACGAUGGGAUUGCAUACUGAAAGAAGCACUUCACAAUGGCCAGAGUAUGUGCGAACCAAAUCGAGAACAUUAUGGUCUACUAUUGUAUGGCAAGACAGCUUGCUGUGCAUGUGCUACGAUCGCCCACCAAUAGUAACAGUCACGGGAUGGACCAGGGACAACAGCCUCCUUCGAAGAACGGACCUCUCAUACCAGGAAAUCAUGCACUCGCUCUGUCGGCUCAUACUUGAUAUCAUCCGACCAGACACCUUCGUCGGUGAAUUUGAUAGAGCAAUUGAAGCGCUGAACCGACUGGAUACGCUUUAUCAACGCGGACAACCUCACUUGCAGAUGCGAAGCAACUGCACAACCCUUCAGCAGAACCUGGAGCACCUCGCACUGAAAAUGCACUCGUCUUUCUGCGUUUCCGUGGUAUGCCGCCCGGCAAUGAAACAAUCCCAUACACUGCCGCAUCUUCUCCAGCCAGAAAUUCUCCGGAAUCGCGCCAAGGGGAGCCUCAUCGAUGCAUCCCGAGCAUUCCUGGACUUCCAGGCUCUCAGUGUAGUCCCGAUGCGCAGUUGGUCCAUGGUACAUACUGUGCUAAGCUCAACGCUACUACUAUGCAUCUGGGAAGAAACACGAAAUGACCCACAAUGUCGAGAUUUACAACAAAGCGUCAUCGACGUUUUCAGUUCAUCUGACUCCCGAACAGCAGAAGAAGGAGGCAUAGAAAAUGAUGGCCAGUGGUUAUCAGCAAGACAUAUUCGCGCGCUGGUGACCUUGCGCGGUGCCUUGGAUCGACAACAAGAAAGCAAUAUGCCUGAGAAUGAGCCAUGGAUGCCGCAAAACUUGGAUGCUGGUGGUUUUGGUCAAAGUAUCCCCGACGGCCUCUUCGAUGACAUCAACCCGUUUGAGAACUCGCCUGUGUCUUAUCUUGAUAUGAUUAUGAAUGGUAAGGAUCUGAAUACCCACACUUUUGCGAGAUAA